AUGGACUCCAACCUGCAGGGGACAUUUCUCCUGAACGGCCCUCCUCUGUCCCCAUUCCCGGAAGUGAAAGCCCCCAUGUGCCAGUAUUCUGUGCAAAACUCCUUCUACAAGCUCGGUCCCCCUGGGCUCAGCGCCCAGUUGGCGUCUGGCACACCGCACGGCAUCAGCGACAUCCUCAGCAGACCGGUGGCUCCUCCAAACCACAGCCUCCUGUCCGGCUACUCCCAUGUUGGGGGAUUCAGCGGACCAGGUGCCCAGGGCAUUUACUAUGGUCCCCAGAUGGGCAGUUUUGCCAAGACGGGAAGCGAAUACGUAGCCAGGGGCAGGAGCUGCUGGGCCGACCCGGUUCCGGACUGGCACGAAGGCCGCGUAUGUGGCAAUUCCGCAGGGCACCUGGGUGACGGCCUCCACAAGAAGAAACACACCCGGCCGACCUUCACAGGCCACCAGAUCUUUGCCCUGGAGAAAACCUUUGAGCAGACCAAAUACUUGGCUGGGCCUGAGCGGGCACAACUGGCAUAUUCCCUGGGCAUGAGUGAAUCCCAGGUAAAGGUGUGGUUCCAGAACCGGCGCACCAAAUGGAGGAAGAAGAGUGCCAUGGAGCCUUCCUCCUCUUCCCCACAAGCAGGCGCCGGACCAGGAGAGCGCCCCAUCUCUGAUGAGGAUGACGAGUACAACAAGCCCUUGGAUCCAGACUCCGACGAUGAGAAGAUACGUCUCCUGUUGCGCAAACACCGGGCCACCUUCUCCAUCCUGGGUCUGGGCUCCCACAGUGGCUGA